UAUAAAUCCAACAGCCUUGCCACUUGGUUACACAACGCUUUGCGUUUCAGUAGCUGAUAAUUUCCCUUGAUACUUCUUCAGGAAGAAACUUCUGAUCAGGAAUUUUUCCAUCAGUAGAUGGGAAAUAACGCUCUCUUCUAUACAAGGUGUUCGAAGGUCGAGAACUAAAAAAAUUCAGCUGCGAAAGUAUCAUGCAGAUAAUUAGCAGGAUUCUGUCCGACAGACUCAAUGCCGUGCUCAAACCUCUAGUCCCAGCUAUUCGCGAACUAUGUGUAUUCGACAAGAACUUGCCCAAAGACCAGCAAAAUCCCAUCUUUGAGCAGUUCUACAGAAUUCUCAUAAGAGGUGUCGAUUUGGUUAAAAGAUGUGAGGAUACCAGCUCUUUUAACCUGCUUCUUCAUUAUAGGUAUACCUUGCAGAUCUUGAAGCUGGAGGAGGAUAUCAAUGGCUUUCUGGCGUGCAUGCCUGCCCACAUACUGCUCGAUGCCAGAAGGCUUAUGGCAGACAUUAAAAGAAAUUGCCCAUUGGAUGCCGCAGAGAUAAACAGGGGCAUGAAUGAGUCUAUCCUCAAACAUGCUUCACUGCUUACAAAUGACCCCUGUCAGAAUUCCAUGAUGCUUCAAGAAAUGGCGUCACUUGACUUGUUUGCCUCCGAUGAAAUGGUCGAUGAUUCCAUACACUUUCACAAGGACAGUACCCCUGGGAAAUCUCAUUUUUGGGUGGGGUUGGAAAAAUGUAUUGGGGAUUUGAAGGGAUUUUUGUUCCAGAGUGAGGCGUCGGUCGUUGGUGUGCAGUGUAUGGGGGGUGGUGGGAAAACAACUCUCGCGUUGAAUCUCUGCAAUGACCCUCAAAUCAAAGGUUAUUUCCAAAACGUGCUUUUCAUCACUGUUUCACAGUCCCCCAAUCUGAAAGGAAUUUUAGAGACGAUGUGGGAUAAUAUAGUUGGCACGAAAAGGCCCGAGUUUCAGAAUGUGGAAGAUGCACGUAGACAGCUUGGACAACAGCUUCGGAUGCAAUCUAGGUCAAUUCUGGUGGUAUUGGAUGAUGUAUGGUCCAGAGCAAAUGUGGAAAAAUUACUAUUUGAAAGGCCAGGAUACAAGACUCUUAUAACAACCCGAGAUAGUUUCACUAUCCCCAGAAGCUCCUACACUUUACUAUAUAAACUGCCAAUGUUGAACCAAGAAGACGCUCUGUCCCUAUUCUGUUUUUGGGCUUUCGGACAGACAUCAAUUCCAAGUACCGCGGAUGCAAAUCUAGUCAAACAGGUGCAAGAAGAAUGUAAGGGCUUACCACUCGCGUUAAAGGUGAUUGGAAGCUCUUUGCGUGGGGAACCUCGUGUGGCUUGGGAGAGUGCAAAGAAUAAACUCUCCAAGGGGGAACCAAUAUCAGAUUAUCACAAAGAUGGGUUAGUGAGAUAUUUGGAGACCAGUAUUAGUUUCUUGGAUGACAUAGCAAGGGAAUGUUUCUUAGACUUGGGGGCAUUUCCAGAGGACAAAAAAAUCUGUGUUGAUGCACUGUUGCACAUUUGGAUUUAUGUUCGGAAGCUGGAGUGGCAGGAUGCCUUUGCCAUCUUAUUAGAUCUUGCAAGGAGAAAUCUGUUGAAUUUGACCACCAAUCCUGGGAAUAGAGCGGAACUCUCUUAUGGAAAUGCCUCGGAGCUCUACUUUUCCCAGCACGAUGUAAUGCGAGAUUUGGCCAUAUAUCUGGGAAGCCAAGACUAUAUAAUCAACAGGAAGAGAUUACUUAUGCCUAGGAAGGAGCAUAAUUUACCAGGGAAAUGGGAGUUGCUUAACGAUAGACCGUUUGAUGCUCAAAUUGUCUCCAUUCACACUGGUCCUAUGGAUGAAAGUCAGUGGUAUGAGAUUGAUUUUCCCAAGACUGAGGCGCUGGUGUUAAUCUUUACUGCAAGUGAAUACUAUCUUCCCCCAUUCAUGAAAACCAUGAAAAAUCUGAAAUAUCUUAUGAUAUUCAAUUACAGUUCAAAGAGGGCAACAUUGAAAGGUUUAGAUGCCUUAUCUUUGCUCACUCAACUCAAGAGUGUCCGCUUGGAGAGGCUGACUUCACCGCUUGCUUUAAAAAGGAGCAUUGAAGGACUACAGAACUUAGAGAAGCUAUCUUUGAGCUUAUGUGAAGGGCUGGGAGAAAUUUCUACAUUCAACAACACCAACCUGCAAGAUUUUAACCUAGAUCACUGUAGUGAUUUGGAGGAGUUACCCCAUGGUAUCUGCCAUAUGCCCUACGCUCAGACAUGGUCUAUUACCAACUGCCACUUGGUUCAGAAGAUACCAUAUGAUCUUGGACGCAUGAGCUCUCUAAGAAUGCUAAGGUUAUCGGCAUUACCUGGAUUGAAAGACCUUCCAGCAUCAAUUGGGAAUCUUGUGAACUUGGAAUAUUUAGAUAUCUCAGUAUGUGAGGGCUUGAAAGAACUUCCAGAGGAAAUAGGACAACUCAAGAAGCUGAGGGAGUUCGACAUGAGAGAAUGUUCUCGCUUGAGGAAGUUGCCUAGAAGUGUUUGUAAACUAAGCUCUUUAAAGCAUGUUAUCUGUGAUGAUAAGAUUGGAAACCAGUGGUUUAAGGCCAAGGCCAUUUCAAUUCCAGGACUUAACGUGGAGAUUGCUGAAGCACAAUUUAGUUUGGACUGGCUUGAUGAUUAAGUGGGGAAAUAAUGUGUACUCCCUCUUGGGGCGCUGCUUUGCUUCCUUAAUAUAAUCAUUUAUUGGGAAGGGGUGCCGAUAAUUUCAUGGGAGUGGAAUAAGACCAUAAAUGAGUGGACAUCUGAACGCCAGUUAUUCUAGAUAAACUGCUGAUGUACGCAUUUCUUUUUUCUGUUUUUGGUUUGAGACAUUAUGCAAUGAUUUGCUAUAAUUUGUAAUAAGUAGUUGUACUACUUGUGUUGACUUUAUAACUCUUAAGGACAUCUUGAUGAUGGCACUAUUUGCUAUAAUUUGUAAUAAGUAGUUGUACUACUUGUGUUGACUAUAUAGCUCUUAAGGACAUCUUGAUGAUGGCUCUCUAGCUUAUGUAAGCUCAAUAUAUUUGACUUAAAACUUUAUAGGGUUCUUCUACA